AUGGACCCCCAACAGUUUGCCCUCCCACUGCAGCUGCAUGGCAACAGUUUUGCUAUGAGCUCUGGACAGGUGCCAAAAUUAAGCGCGGGAUACAAUGAAGGAGGAGGAGGAGGAGGCCAAGAAGCAGAACUUAAUCAGCAAAACAUGACCUCCUCUUCUCGUGUCAGUUCCAGCUUGAACCCAGAUGAACAAUCUGAGUGCCCACUGGAGCCCGUGGUUCACUGCCAUGGCAAGGGCAAGCUGGACAUCAAGAGCAGGAGCUGCAGUCUACUCACCAUCUGCCGCUCAGAAGUAAUUUUUCCCUGGAUGAAUCCACGGACCACUGGCUCUGAACAAUCUGUCAGCAGUGGCAUGGCAGCUGGUCUAUCAGGUAGAGGAAGGCAAAGUGUGAAGAGGGAGAGGACAGCCUUUACCAACAACCAGCUGCUGGAGCUGGAGAAGGAGUUCCACUUCAGCCCUUACCUGUGUCGUCCUAGGAGGCUGGAGAUGGCUGCUGGGCUCCAGCUCACUGAUCGUCAGGUUAAGAUCUGGUUUCAAAACCGCAGAAUGAGGUACAAGAAGGAACAGAAGUAUGGAAAGAUGACAAGUUUAUCUCAGUUGUCCACCUGCAACCUGUCCUCCAGCUCAACCUCCUUUGCAGACCACCUGAAUUUUCCAGAUGCAAACAUUGUUAGAACUUCCUCCUCCUCCUCCUCAGACUUGCACGCCUCCCUAUUUGGCUCUUUCAGUAACAGCAAUAGUGGUCAGUAUAUUCACCCAUCAGACCUGGCCCAUUUGAACUGCAUACUUCCAUCUGUUGCAAAUGGUCCAUCGGCCUCCUUUACAGGCAUAGAUAGUCAUCACCAUGUUGGCAUUUCAAAGUGGCCCUAG